UUCUGAUGGGUUUAUUUUCAUUCGUUCAAUUUUCAUUCAAUAGACCACAUUCCAUCCGCACACACGAUCUGCAAAAUGUUGUCCGCACCUUAGAAAUCGCGUUUGCAAAAAUCACACUUUGAAAACCAAAUUAAUAAAUUUUCUAUUUCAAGGGCCAUUUUGAGAAGCCCAUAUUUCUUCCUCCGAAGCUGUCUAACCCCGAAAUUACAGAAUCGCAGAGCAACAAACUAGGGUUUUAGGGUUUUAAGCGUCAGGUUGCGUUCGGCUUAUCAAUUUGCAGGAAAGUGAAGCCGAAUCAGAGAAAACAAAAUGUUUCCCAUGUUUAUGCAGAAGCCUGACAAGGCAGAGGCUCUGAAGCAGCUGCGGAGCGAUGUCGCCAUGUUCGGAGCAUGGGUCGUCGCGAUCCGAGCCACACCAUAUGUUCUUCACCUCCUCUCUGGUGAAAAGGACGAGCUCAGACUUGAAUUUUAAUGCCCAUCUCGUUCUGUGAAAACGGAUCUCGGGGAUGAAUGAGUCAAUUUUAGAUGAAGAAAGGUUAUUCAGAGCCCUAUAUGGUUUAAUUUUUAGUUUCUUAAUGUUUAUUUCCUGAAAACUGUAUCAUCAGUUUGAUACUGCAUUAGAGUGUGGUAGUAUGGUUUUUUAUACGAUUGCAUAGGAUAAAUGUAUUCACUAUAUCCUAUGGUUGGUAGGCUAAUGUCUCGUUAAAUCCACUUUGAACUUGGUAAUUGGUAUGCAUUCCAAAGACCAAAUUUAUCCAUAACUGUAUUUUGGUUGUAA